AUGGCCACAGACAACCUGCAGCCAGCGGUGGAGACGCAUGAUACCCGGAUUCCGACCCAUUUCCAGCCAUUCCCACUCCUCCCAGCCGAACUCCGGUUGAAGAUCUGGCAAUCCUCAUUUGAGCCUCGCAUCGUCGAAGUCCAUGGCCGCAGAUCCCACUACGCCGAUGACUUCAAGCACGGCAGCCCGCCGAAAUGGCAAAGCGGCUGCAACAAUCCUGCCGCCCUGUCCGUCAACUCCGAGUCCAGAGCCGCAGCCCUGAGAUACUACUGCAUCAAACUUCCCCUGGCGACAGUGGCACCCUGUGAAUAUGCCGGCGACAGCAUUGCCGAUCCAUACCGUGUCUUGUACAUCAAUCCUACCGUCGAUACCGUCGUUGUGCUCGGUGAUCUGGACUACUACCGACUGUCGCUUCUUUUGCUGGACAUCCGCCAACGCGACCCGUCAGGCGACGGUCUGAGGCGUCUAGCCAUCAGCGCGAGGUGGACAUAUCACCAGGGCGCGGGGACUUCGAUCCGCGUUCUGGUGCAGAAUAUGUUUCCGGAGCUGAUUCAGAUGAUUGUGUACAUGUAUGACGAGAAGUUGCCGCCGGCGGAUUGGGCAAACGGGGUGUGCUCGCUGAGCGACUGUAGCGACAAGGAGUACUACAAGCGGUAUGCGAUGGGGAGGGGACAGGAAAUGAGGGACGGGAAUAAGUGGAUGGUGAUUGGGAAGAAAGAGUUGAGGGUGAUGGAUCUUGACUUUAGGCGUGGAUGGUAG